CUUGCUUGAAUAUAGUCCCCCUCCUCUCUCUCUCACACACCUGUUCUUCGAUCUCGGCCUAGCUAGCUAGCUAGCGAGCAAGCUAUAGCUUAGCUCGGCUAGCCGGGUGUGUCGCCGGUCGGCUAGGCAACGCCGCUAGCGAUCGCAAAAUGGCAGAUGCGGGGGAGGGGCGGCGGGUGUGCGGCAUGCCGGAGAAGGCGCAGCUGCACGUUGCGAUGCUGGCGCUGCAGUUCGGCUACGCGGGCUUCCACGUGGUGUCGCGGCUGGCGCUCAACAUGGGCAUCAGCAAGCUCGUCUUCCCCGUCUACCGCAACAUCAUCGCGCUCUGCCUCCUCGUGCCCUUCGCCUACUUUCUAGAGAAGAAAGACAGGCCGCAGCUGACCCUCAACUUCGUCGUCCAGUUUUUCUUUCUCGCGCUCUGCGGCAUCACGGCGAACCAAGGGUUUUACCUCCUGGGCCUGGACAACACGUCGCCGACGUUCGCGUCCGCCAUCCAGAACUCGGUCCCGGCCAUCACCUUCGCCAUGGCCGCGGCGCUGCGGAUCGAGAAGGUCCGGCUGGACCGCCGCGACGGCGUAGCCAAGGUGGCGGGCACGCUGGCGUGCGUGGCGGGGGCAUCCGUCAUCACGCUCUACAAGGGCCCCACCAUCUUCGGUCCCGGCGGCGGCGGCGGCCUCGAGCUGGCGUCAACCAGCAAGGCGGUGGCCGGCGACAAGAACUGGACGCUGGGUUGCGUGUACCUGAUCGGGCACUGCCUGUCGUGGUCCGGCUGGCUGGUGCUGCAGGCUCCCGUGCUGAAGAAGUACCCGGCACGGCUGUCCGUCACCUCCUACACCUGCUUCUUCGGCGUCAUCCAGUUCCUCAUCAUCGCCGCCUUCAUGGAGAGGGACGCCGACGCAUGGAAGUUCCACUCCGGAUCCGAGCUCUUCACCAUCCUAUAUGCCGGGUUCAUCGCGUCCGGGGUGGCGUUCGCGGUGCAGAUCUGGUGCAUCGACCGCGGGGGCCCGGUGUUCGUGGCGGUAUACCAGCCGGUGCAGACGCUGGUGGUGGCCAUCAUGGCGUCGCUCACCAUGGGCGAGAAGUUCUACCUGGGCGGCAUCAUCGGCGCCGUGCUCAUCAUCGCCGGCCUGUACCUCGUGCUCUGGGGCAAGAGCGAGGAGAGGGCGCGCUUCGCCAGGGACGCCGCCACCCUCGUCUCCGGCAGCGGCGACCGCGAGGGGCUCCUUCCGGCCGGCGGCGGUGGCAUCCGGAGCGCCAGCAAGGCGGCAGCGUCGGCCGCCACGCAGCCUCUCUUGCUGCCGUCCUCCACCUCCACCGACAAUGUCUGAUCGGUCGACCUAUGAAUCCUUCGUCGUCAUCCAUUGACCAUGGUGCGUGGAGAUAAGAGACUGCAUGCGUACGAUCCAUGAGGCGCUGCCAUGCAUGCUGCGCGCUCUGGUGCACUCAUGGAUUGGAGCAGUAUGAUCCGAUCCAGCAGUAAUAAUUAUCAUCAGCUAGUCUUUUUUUUGUGGUUUUUCCUUGUUGAUUUCACGCAUGUAUGUAUGCUGCAACCUACAUAUAUGCAUUACU